CCUCAUCGCUCUGACAUCAUUCACUGAGUUAGCCCUCUGUCACUCCUCAGUCCUCAGUAUAUGACUGCCGUUUACACAGUUAGCUGACUAACAGCGCGUUCUGUUUGUGAUAUGAAAUACGCUGUAUUAUACUUGUGAAACAUGGACAGUUUGAAAUCCGGCGAGGCUAUCCGGGUGGUGAGCCCGUCUCCUGAGCACACGUUCUCGGUGGACGAGGCUGUUCUGUCCCAACUGCUGCUGCGAGAUGAUGUCAAGGAUUUGAGCGUGGUUGUGGUGUCAGUUGCCGGAGCCUUCAGGAAGGGCAAGUCUUUUCUGUUGGAUUUCUUCCUGCGAUACUUGAACCAUGAGUACAAUGUAAAGGACAGUUCAGAUUGGUUGGGAUCUGAGGAUGAGCCACUGAGAGGGUUCAGCUGGCGAGGCGGUUCGGAAAGGGACACGACAGGUCUGCUGCUGUGGUCGCAGCCCUUCCAAGCCAUCUUACCUAACGGAGAAAAGGUGGCAAUACUGUUGAUGGACACGCAAGGCACGUUCGACGACAAGUCCACAGUGAAGGACAACGCCACAGUGUUCGCUCUGUCUACGAUGCUGUCAUCUGUGCACAUCUACAACGUCUCGCAGAACAUAGAGGAAGACGACCUGCAGCAUCUGCAAAUGUUCACAGAAUACGGCAAACUCGCGCAACAAACCAGCUUUGGGAAGCCAUUCCAGCGUCUCCAGCUCCUGGUGAGAGAUUGGAGCUUCCCGUACGAAUAUGAAUUCGGGGCCCACGGCGGGAGGAAACUGCUCGACAAGAGGCUGGAGAUCCACGAAGGCCAACACGAGGAGCUGCAGUCCAUCAGGCGCCACAUCGCAGCCUGCUUCGAGGAGCUCGCCUGCUUCCUGAUGCCGCACCCUGGCCUCAACGUGGCCACCGACCCUCACUUCAAUGGAAAGCUCGCUGAAAUAAGUCCAGAGUUUAAAACCUCGUUAAAAGAGCUCGUUCCCAUGCUGUUGGCACCAGAGAACCUCGUGGUGAAGAAGAUCGCUGGACAGAAGCUGAAGGCCAAAGACCUGAUGCUGUACUUCAAAGCAUACAUGAACAUAUUUAAUGGCACUGAGCUUCCCGAACCAAAAAGUAUUUUAGCGGCAACAGCAGAAGCAAACAACUUAUCAGCAGUUGCUGAAGCUCUAGAUGUCUUUGAGUUCUUGAUGGAGGAAGUAGCUGGAGGCACCAGACCCUACCUCGACCCUCAGAGGUUGGAGCAGGAGCACGAUAGAGCAAGGAACAAGGCAAUCCACGUCUUCCAGUCCAAGAAAAAGAUGGGAGGCGAUGAACUUGAAGCAACAUAUGAAGCUAAAUUAGCAAAGGAGAUAAACGAGCAAUAUGAACAGUACCGGGCUCACAAUGAAGGAAAAAACCUGUUCCUGCUGGCCGGCACUCCCGUAGUGUUAGCGGCACUCGUCGUGCUGGGAUACCUGCUGUCCACGCUAGCUGACACCUGCGGCGUGCAGACCCUGGUGGCCGUGGGCCACAUGCUCUCCAUCACCACGCUGGCCAUGCUGGCCGUGUGGUUUUACAGCAGGAUAUCUGGAAAUCUGAGGGAGGUCGGGAUGCAAAUCGACGAAUACUCGGGCAUGAUACGGAAUUACAUCACCCGGCAGGCGGGCGGGCGACAGAUAACGUCCGCAGUCUCUCAAGACACGAACAAGAAACAAACAUAACUAACGCUGAUAAUUGUAGAGCUUACUUAUUACAUACAAAGUGUGAUAACGAUGACAGAACGUCCAUUUAAAUAUUUAGGAGAACAGCCUUCAAUAUUUGGUUUGAAGUAUCGGUCCUUCACAAGAGACUGACGAACCGAAGUCGGCGGGGAUAGUACCUACCUACAUAUUGUAUUUACUAUACUAGGUAUAUAUUUUAGGUUUUCAUAACAACUCACAAUAAUCUAUAUGUUUGCCGCAAAGAAAAUUUGUUUUUAGAGGCACAAUAACGCAUCGGGGUGGGACUUUGGACGAUCGAUAUAGAGUUGUAGAUGUGAUAGAGUUUUUAGGAUUGUCGUAUUGAGAGAUGAGAUAAACACUGACGCGGAACUAAAUGUACUCUUUAUUUAAUAUAUAUUAUAGUAUUUGUACAACAUAUAUAAUAUAUUAAUUUUUAUAUGUUGUACAAAUACAAAUGAGCCACAGCUAAGAGCGGCGGGCACUGACAAGUUGUUCCAUAUGUUUCACACAAUUUUUUGUGCCUAUUUAAAGCGCCACACGAGCGUUCAGAGUACUAAUUUUGACGUAUAAUACAAAUGACUGCGAAGGAACAUACAAUAUUCUGAAGUAUUUUUGCAUUUUGAAUUAAUUUCUUCGUUUUCCGUGUUAUUUAUAUUUCAAGAAUCAACGUUACAAAGUACACAUUUUUUUUGUAAAUAGUUUCCUACCAUCUAUCGAUGUUUGCUGAGGUUUUCGUCACUAGUUUUAGUAUCGCAGACUCUCGCUACAUGGCUAACAGCGCCAAAAUGGCGAAUAUCAAACAGGCACUAAAGUAUGUACUUUGACAGCAGCCAGUCCAUUGGUUUACAGUAGAGGUCAGUGGCCGUAGCUAAGGGCGGCGGGCUAUUAAUGUGAAUUACUAACUUCUAAAGUUCAGUCGCACCUAUAACAGUCAAAAAAUGACACGAAUGUCAACCUUCAUGUAAUUGAGUUAUAAUGAAAAGAGCGGCAUAACCCCAUUGCCACUCAUAUCAGUCAAUUAUUACUGCUGCAAUAUCACAUGUCAUGAUAUCUACACAAUCUAUGCAAUGAUGCGACAAAUUACUUGUAAUACUUAGUAAACCAUAAGUAAAACCUCAAACGUUACAAACUGGUGUAGGUUAAUGCAUCAGCGCUCUGCUCUCAGCCACUGCUUCCCUUGAGUUCUUCGUAGACUUUAUUUUAUCACACUAAUAUACUGACCGGCUACAUUGGGCGAUAAUUUAACCAUUCAUAUUCCAGCAUUUGUUUUAACAUUUACGUUCUUUAUACCUACUUAUUUGUUAUUUAUUUUUACUUAAUGUUUUUAAAAUAAUAUAAGAAAUAUAUUUUGAUACUUUUUAAA